AUGGUUGAUAAGUUGUCUGAGUACCUGAGAACAGUUCGUAAUACUGCCGGAAGUUUAACACCACUGCUCAAUGAUGCACAUCAUCCUGCGCGGCCUGAGACGACAGAGCAGCUUGUCGACGAUUCAAGUGCACAGAAUAUAGUACCAUAUCUUUCCUCCGUAGCAGCACUAUUUGGUCGAGAACAGUUGAAAAAUACAAGCAAUUACAUCGCUGUGGGAGGCGAUGAUGCGAGCAUUUUUGAGAAAAAUGUCCGUGAUAAUAUAUUUCUUGGGAAAAAUGGAGCACUGGGGCUCAUUGUGAACGAAAAUAAAAUAGGCGAUGAGGAUGUUGUCUGUGAACCCACUGGCAACGGAUUGGAUAUCCACAUUUUUAAGACAACUAAGCGCCCGCCUCCUGAGAGUAAGGGUCCCUUGGAUGAGGAGCUUAAAGAAGUCUGA